CUUGAUUCCACGGUUCUCCAGAGCAUCUACGGCACAUCCUACAGUGAUACCCCAGGUCUACAUCCUCGAUGCCGUCAUCGUCUAGAGGCGAUCAUCGUUGUUUAAUCUCCCCAGAUCCCCGAUGGAAAUUGCAUCAAUUCAACGAUGCCUUUUGCUUCCCCUUCAUCGCAGUUUCAUGUCAAUGAUCUCCUAUGAUGUUAUUGACGGUUCCGUCAGCAUUAUGCCGUGCCAAACGCGCAUGAUGUACUUUGCAUAUUUAUAGGAUGAUCUGCAAGCCGAGCACAUCUCGUGGUCUUCGAUCGCUCGCACGGAGUUCCCAGAAUAAGUUAACAUCAGCCAGAUGUCGUUGGCAAUAACGUCUCUUCGCAUGCUUGUUAUUGCUCUGGGUCCGACAACAGCAACAAUCACUUGUUCCUCCCAUUCAUUUCCGUCACUCUCUGGCAUUUUGCUGUCUUUGACAACUGCUUGACCUCAGCCGAUGAGCACUUCGAUGUAGUGCAGGACCGAUUGUCAUGGUCGACGUAUUUGCGUGCAAAGCAGCGGAGUCUGUUUCACUUGGAAAGCAGUUAGUUCUUGACACCACUGUAGGAGUGUUCUAGCAGCACCAAGAGCGGAAGGCAAAUAGAGGGACGACAGCACUCUAUUCAUGGCAGGUUCACUCCGAUUGCCUGUCUUUUCAUCAAUUAGCUUUCUCCAGAUAUGCAACGCUGCUGUAUCCUUCUCAAGGUCAUCUUGGUCAGAAAUAUCCGCCUGAAGCUCGAGGCAGAUCACGUGCAGACCUGGAGAGGAGGGGCGGCAGAAAGUCCGAUAGUCACCGCCACACUCACCGCCCACGUGCUGAAUAAUCUUAGUUAGUAAUCUGGCUUAUCACGUGACUUACGUCACCAGCGUUGGGCCGCCAAAAUGAAAGGGCUCUCUCUCAGCCGGUGAUUCAUCGACUGCGCGGUCCAGUAUUCCUCUGUAAGACAUGUUGUCCCUGGUUCGAGUCCGGUGUUUCACCAAGGCAUUCUAUGACCCUCGAGGGUGACCCUACGGGGCUCCGUGGCAUUGAUGAAGAUCAAACCCUGAUCCCGAUCGUCCAGGGCCUCCGUACGCUGUGUUGGGGGAGAUCCAGGAAAGCUGACAGGAAUAUUCAAUAUACACAUCGGUAUUCCAACCAAAAUUGCUCUGUAGAUAAAGUCUACUCGGAUCAGCUCCAUCCCUCUGGGUACGUGGCGCUGAGCCGUACGUAAAGCGGACGCGCUGUGUAGGCCAGGCAAGCCCAAGCCAGCCCGUGCAGUUCCAACACAUCAGCACAGUCCAGAAUCCCAAACCGCCUCUCCACCUCCGCGAGUCGCUUCCUGUCUUUGUCUCCUCCCCAUCAGCCCCUCGCGUUGAGACUCAUUUGCGUGCUCCCUUUUUCUCUCUGCUGAAAUUUACCUCCAGGGCUUCCCCUGCAUCCCGCAGCAGUGUUCUUUUACGCGGAAAACCGGCCCCCUCCGUCUGUGUCAGCAGCCGCCUUGCACAGCGUGCCUCGUCCGGAACCCCUUGGGAUUGCGACCUGAUAUCUCGAGCAACUGCUGAUCUGGAUAAUGAGGCGCGGAAUACUCUAGUCCUACAGCCAAUUCGUCUAUUGCUCAUUCACCCUUGCGAAAAGUAUCGAGACCCUUCUACCUCUUCUUUCCUGCCUUGUCGCCGCCCUGUCUGGGGUCGUCCCCGCUGCCUGACCCGAGCGCAGUGCAUGUGCCUUCUGGACGGCAUCCGGCUGCGGCCUUCCCAUCCUAUUCUCUAGCUGAAUUCACAGAUACGAAGCAGAUUGAGCGGCCUGCAGCAAAGGAAUCGAUCAAGAAGGGCAGAGAGGGACAGCAAUGGAUCCCCAGUGGCAGGCAUACCAGGACUUCUCCGUGGGCCGUCCUGCGCAGUUCGGUAAUGGUUUAAUAUCUCACCCUCAGCAGCCCAAAUACGGCGGCCAGCAGCAACAUGCAAAACCGCCUGUGGGAUAUACAUACGAGAGCUUCCAAACUCCUGUGGCGGUAACGAACCCUCCCUCAGGCGGCUCCAAUUCGAAACCCGUUUCCAUGGCGUCUUCUCCGGUCGCGACGCCACGGAGUCGAGAUUAUGUCACUGAUGCGGACACCACCAUGGAGGAUGCGGACCCGUAUAACCGUGCAAAGUAUUCCACCAAGUCGAACCACCAUAGCCGUCCUUCCUCCCAAUAUCUCCCGAACGAAGAGUCCUCUGCCGCGCGGAGGUACUCGCCGAUGAACGUUUUAUCGCCUUCGAUGCCCUACAGCUCCAGUCCCGGCAAGGCUCAGAACUCCUACGCCUUCCCUGUGAGACAGGGUAACUCUCAGUGGUCGCCAACGAGGACCUCCAACUAUACUUCACCCCCUCAGGCAUAUCAAUCACCACCUUCAGCGUCCCGCCCCCCUCGACUUCCUCCCCUUCAACCGACAGAUAUCGGCUCCGAGCGACAUUUCUCGCCUUCGGCUAUUUCUCAACUCAAUGCUACAUUUGGACAGGAUGCGAAAUCUCCCCACUCCCUUCCGAUGCAGGGCACAAAUCAACCGCCUGCUUCCAGUCGAGGUCCUGUGCCUAAGUUCCAGAAACUCAAGACCGUUCAAGACCUGAAACCCCGCAUAAACUCUCAACCGCCGUACAGGCGCGCAAAUCCGGAGGGAGGUUUUAUCAGUCCGCUUCAAGCUUUAACAGUACACCUGCCGGCGACUUAUCGAAUAUGCAAUUCCUCCUUCAACUAUGAGUCUUCUCGGAACCCCAGGCGUGUAUUGACCAAACCAAGUAAAGGUGUCAAGAACGAUGGCUAUGACAACGAGGACAGCGAUUACAUUCUCUACGUCAACGAUAUUCUUGGUAGCGAGGAAGCCGGUCACAAAAACCGCUAUCUCAUUCUCGACGUGUUGGGUCAAGGAACUUUCGGUCAAGUAGUGAAAUGCCAGAACUUAAAGACAGGAGAAGUGGUGGCUGUAAAGGUUAUAAAGAACAAGACGGCAUACUUCAAUCAGAGCAUGAUGGAAGUAUCCGUUUUGGACUUACUCAACAGCAAAUACGACAAAAAUGACGAGCAUCAUCUUCUCCGACUAAAAGAUACAUUCAUCCACCGGCAACACUUGUGUCUGGCAUUUGAGCUUCUUAGUGUCAACCUUUAUGAACUGAUCAAACAGAAUCAGUUCCGAGGCCUGAGUACGACCCUCGUACGCGUGUUUGCCCAACAGCUCUUGAAUGCGUUGAGUCUGCUGAACAAGGCUCAUCUGAUCCAUUGUGAUCUCAAACCGGAGAAUAUAUUGCUGAAAAAUUUGGAGAGUCCCAUAAUCAAGAUAAUAGACUUUGGUUCUGCCUGUGAUGAACGGCAAACCGUGUACACCUAUAUUCAGUCAAGGUUCUACCGUUCUCCUGAAGUUCUCCUCGGUUUGCCCUACUCAUCUGCGAUCGAUAUGUGGUCUCUUGGAUGCAUCGUCGUCGAACUUUUCUUGGGUCUGCCGCUCUUCCCAGGUUCUUCGGAAUACAAUCAGGUGUGUCGCAUCGUAGACAUGCUGGGCUUACCCCCUGCUUGGAUGCUUGAAAUGGGCAAGCAAGCGGGUGAAUUCUUCGAGAAAGUCCAGGACGAAUUUGGGAGAAAGUCAUACCGUCUGAAAAGCUUAGAGCAGUACUCCCGUGAGCAUAACACGAAAGAACAACCGAGCAAGAAAUAUUUCCAGGCGUCGACGUUAGAGGAAAUCAUCCGGAGCUAUCCAAUGCCGAGGAAAAACAUGAAGCAGUCCGAGAUCGAAAGAGAGCUGAAUAAUCGGGUUGCGUUCAUUGACUUUGUUCGCGGUCUCCUAAAUAUCAAUCCCCUUGAACGGUGGUCACCUCAGCAGGCCAAGUUACAUCCUUUCAUCACACAGCAAAAGUUCACCGGACCAUUCGUGCCCCCGAUGAAUCUGAAGUAUUCAUCUCUUAGCAAGACUAUCGCACCCGGUGUUCAACAGCAACAACAAGCAGAGGCUGCAAGUAAGCAGAGGGCGGUCCAGGCAGCUCAGGCCCAGUCUGCAGCUCAAGCAGCCUACUCAAUCCCGAUGAACCCGUUUCACUCACCUUCUCAUGCACAACCUCCUAUGUACAAUGGAAUGUUUCCCGGUCAGCAGGGAGCCCCUCCUCCGUAUUCUGCAGCUCAGCCUCCGGGUUACCCGGUGAACAUGAUGCCAGGACAAAUACCUCACUCACAGUAUGCUCCGCCCCAAAGCCUUUAUGCACAGGCGACCACAAGAGCAGGUCGCCAACGGGCAUCAACAAUGGACCACCAAGGCGCAGGGGUUCCUCCGGCAAUUCAACGAGUUGCCAGCCAUCUCGAUCCUAAUGCACCCAUUCGUUUACAGCCCAGUCCUGCUUAUUAUCCACCUCCACCAGAGGGCUAUGCUGACCCCAACACGGGUCAGAGGCGACGAGGAAGCCGUACCGGUGGCAACCAACGAAAUCGAGACUUCAUUCGCACUCUCGAAGAUGGUGUUCUAGGCGAGGCAUUCAUGGGUCAAAAUCAGUGGCACUGAGUCGGCUAUUUAUGAAGAAGUUGUUUGUAACCCACGACGCCGUGUGACAAUAUCAGGAUAUAUCAACCGUUCCCUACUGGGGCAGGAAAAGAGACUUCGGAUGCGUUUCUUAGAAGGGAAGCCCGAGGCUAGUCCCGAACGUCUUCAAGCCCUUAACAUCAGACGUUUGGAAACUCGCCUGUCUCAAAUUAUCUCGUUGUGAGCAUGUUCGCACCAUAACCGGGCCGCUUCGACAACUCCUAUGUCAUAACGUCAAAGUGGUCUCUGUAUGGCAUGCACGACACUUAAGUGUCGUUAUCGUCUUUGCUUUUUUUUAGAAAGCGUGUCGAAUUGGACAGAACAAGCAGACUGGGAGGUACGCAGAAUGUUGUCGUUGUUGACUCUGGAAUGGUCAAGGAAACUAGUCAAACGGCGAGCGAAGACUGUCCCCAUUUCUGGCUACAGAGAUUUCUGUGGUGAAAGGAAGUUCUGUUUGUCUCCUGUCAGAUCUUUUCCAUGUUCCGCAUGUUCAUGCUCUUUGCAUCAAAAAUCGUCAGUUCCGGGUCUUUGCAAAUCCUUCUACGAGGCUGCAUCAGCAUAGCCGCUCUCGCUGUAUCCAAUUUGCCAUUAUUUACAUCUUUAGAUGCCUCCAGAUUGCUAUUUGCUGGCCAGUGCUAUUCGCCUAUUUCCCUUAUUUAUUUCUGUUCCAUUGAUCUUUGCCCCUUUUUUUCGAAGAUCCGUCAUAUAAACGCUCUCUGAGGUUGGAAUACUCGAGUCUGACCUGUUGAUGAGAGUUAGAGUCACGUGGCAAACUCUGUGAUGUCUUCUUGCUUUUUCCCUUUUCCUUGCUCCUUUUUGGACUAUCUAUUACAAUACCAAUGUAUUUGUAGGCAACUAGACAAAACAAUAUUUUUGCUUUGAAGCUC